AUGGCCGGGGACAAACUUCCACACAAAGUGAUGGAUCCCAAGAAGCUUGCCAGUCUCUUGAGAAGUGGGACCGAAGGAAUGUUGGUCAUUGACAGCCGCUCCUUUGUGGAGUACAACUCCUGGCAUGUUCUCAACUCUGUCAACAUCUGCUGUUCCAAGUUGGUCAAAAGAAGGCUUCAGCAAGACAAGGUAUCCAUCACAGAGCUCAUCCAGCCAGCCUCCAGUAUAAAGGUAGAGGCAGAGAAACACCAAGAUGUUGUGGUCUAUGAUCAGAGCACGAGGGAUGUAAAUGGGCUGGCAACCGACAGUUUCCUAUCCAUUCUUCUGGGCAAGCUGGAUAGUUGCUUCCACAGUGUCUCCAUCCUCACAG